GGCGGUCCCGGGGCCAUGGCGGAACGGCUCCGGUACCACGUGACGCCCCGGCGGCCGCUCCGCGCGCGGGCGGAAGCGGCGGCCGCGGGUCCCGCCCCGCGGGAAGUGAGGCCCGCGGAGCCGCCCCCGCCGCCGCGGGAAGGCGGCAGCAGCGGGCCCGGGCAGGCGCCGGCGGRCGGACGGGGCAGAGGACGGGGCAGGGGACGGGGUCGGGGGAGGCGGCGCGGCGCGGCAACGAGCGGGAUGGUGGGUGAUGGCGACGACGAGGCGGCUCCGCCGGACGGCCCCGGGCUGGCUCCGCCGGACGGCUCCUCGCUGAAGCGGCGGCGGAAGAGCCCCCGGCUGGCGGCGGCGGCGCGGCCUGACGAGCCCCGGGACGAGGUGGACGCCGCGGCCCAGCACGGCUCGCUGCAGGGGAACGAGCAUCACUUUGGGACCCCAGACUCCCUGACGCGACCCCCUAUAAAAGCGUAUAGAUCGCCAGGUGGUACAACUUACUCUGAAGAGAAUCCAGUAAAGGAAAAUGCAAAGGCUCAUGGCAGUAACGCAAUUGAGAAACCAAACAUUAAUACAUCAUUAAAAGAAACAAAGGCUGACUUCCUUGAGAAAAAACAAGGGUACUACUCAACUUCUACACCACUGAGCAGAAGUAAAUCUCGGUAUCAGUCCAGUACAGAGAAGCAGUCACAGCCUUUGGUCAGAAAUAAUGAUGAAUCGCAGAAUCGAUUUCACAAGAUGUGGACUUUGUUACUGUUUCUGUUAAUUAGUGCUUUAUUGCUCCUAUUUCUUUAUGUCCCGUGGAGUGGAUUUCGAGAUGGAACCUCAAGUAGAGAUGCUGAAAUUCUGCAAGAGUUUCGUGCCCGGAUGAAUAAACUAAAAAAUACCUACCAUAGUCAGGACCCUGCUCUGUGGAGAAGAGCCCAUGUGUUCCUUGAGAAGCACCUUAACAAUUCCCACCCGAGUCUGAAGCCAGCUAUCUUGCUGUUCACAGCUGGCCAGGAGGCUGAGAAGGCUCUGAGGUGCCUGAGCAACGAGAUUGCYGAUGCUUUUGCCUCCUCCCAGAAUGCCACCACAAUCAGGAUCAACGGGGUGGACAAGGCUGURCUGGACAGUGACACUGUCAAGCUGGAAGUGGACACGGAGCUCAGCUCUGGGUUCACACAAGGCAAGAAGGUGGCAGUGGUGCACCGAUUCGAGUCACUGCCUGCAGGCUCCACCCUCAUCUUCUACAAGUACUGUGACCAUGAAAAUGCAGCCUUUAAGGACGCGGUCCUUCUGCUGACAAUUCUCCUGGACGAGCAGUCACUGAGAAAGAGCCUCACCUUUCAGGAAGUGGAGGAGAAAGUCCGGGAUUUCCUCUGGGCCAAGUUCACCGCUUCAGAUGUUCCCAGUUCUUACAAUGGCAUGGACACAGAUAAACUGAGUGGACUGUGGAGCCGGAUAUCUCAUCUUGUGUUGCCUGUUUGGCCUGAAAAGGGCCUCCCUCUGGAGCGAUGCACGUAAAAGAGAGCUGGAGAGCCCUUGGGAGAGGAGGAAGAACAAAAUAUGUGUUGCAAGGCAGAACAGGGAAGAAACUUAGUGUGGCUGCUGAGCUCAGGCAGCAGCAAGCCAGACCUUUCUGUGCAGAGACUUUCCACCAACUGGCAGGGUUGUUUCUGACAAARUAACUGGGACUUCUCUAAAUAAACUCCAGAGUGUAAGCAAGGAACUUGCUGGUUGUUGGUAAGUUGUAUUCAGCGAUGCAUUCAGCCUUGGUGUCCUGGAGCUGGACGUUGCUGUGCAUGAGUGCAGAAUCACUCAUCUGCCUCUGAAGCUGUCUUGAUGCACUGUUGGCUUUGCUGUGAGGAUCCUUUUCUGGUAUCACAUUUGACGAGGUGACAGAAUGUAAAAACAUCACCUUCAUCUGCCAGAAUUGCUUACUUUUCUUCUAACUUAAUGAAUGAAUGGAAAAUGAUGAUAGUGUGAUGUGAAACUAAGCACAAGCCUUUUCCUGAUCCAUUAGAUCACAAUGUACAUGUCAGCUGUCUCUGGCCACUUCUAGGAGUGGCAAAAUUGCUUGAAAGAUCUGUGACUUGUAGAGAACCUUUCAGCAAGCAUUUCUUCCUUAAAUGAGCCUGUUCCACACAGUUCUGGAGAGAGAAAAGCUGAGGUACAAAGGUUUGCUUAAAGUCAGCAGUACUAAUAGCAAUUAAAUAGUCCCUCAGUACCUCUUUGGCUGCUUGCAGGAGUUCUCUACUCUUUUUCAAAGUUUUGCAAGUCUUAAAAUUUGGAUGGAAAUGAUAAAAUGUCAACCCUGUGUAUGUACUAUCUCCUUUCCAAACAAAACUUUAGGAAGACAUACGUUAUUUCUCAUUUUACUAAGAUAAUUAUUUUUGCAUUGAGAGAAUUUAUUUAUUUGUGSUACUUGAUAUCCUAAAAAAUAACUUCUCCUUGUAUCUAUGUAUAACCUGCUGCUUGCUGUAUAAAUUUCUAGCAAAGAACAGAUUUGCAAAGCAUGCUUUUAAAAUGUUUUUUUAGUUUUAUGUCAAAAAUUCCUCACACCAGAUUAAAAACAUUUACUGUUUUUAUUGUUAAGUACUUUGUGUAAAAAACUAAAGAGAAUAGCAGCACUUCCAUGUUAUUGCUGUUACUUGAUGCUCUGAGCUGUUGGUCCCUGUACAUUUGGUUUUAUUGAGUAUGAAGGAAUGUGUGAAGAUGUUCUCAAAUUAAUAGGAUGGCUUCUUGUAACAGCUGAGAGAUUGAGCCCAUCUUUCACUCACAAGCCCCUUGAGCUGUCCUGUUGCAAAAAAACUCCUUUCCAACUAGRAAAACCUGUUAGAGAGCUGGAGCUUCUGGCUUCUUUAUGCAGGGCAAGGUUGGGGGUGUUAAGUAGAAUGGACCAAAACUACCUGAAGCAUAUAAAAGAGCAGAGUUAGAGAGACACAGAGCUGUGGUCACUUAAGCCAGAAGUAGAUUUGUUCUAACUUGAGAGCCAGCAAUGGAUAAUGCUUCCUAUUCUGAUGGGCAGAAAUAAAAACAGUAAGAAGACAUGGAAGUGCUGUUGUUCUGGAUGUUUAAUAGCUCAGGAAGGAAAGGAUGGCAUUUACAUUUUGAACAUUUCACUGGACAAAUCUUUUUUAUGAAAAAAACAACUGUGACUUAUUUUCAAAUGCRUCCUCAUAGCGUAUUUGUUUGUGUAUUGCAUAAACUAUUUUAGUAAUGAUUCAAAAUAAACAUACUUGUUUGUUUUAUAAAGCUGUUUUAAGACUUGCCCAUUGAAUUUUAAGUGGUCAAACUUUUUUUUUUUUUUCAUGUUUAAAUUGCUCAUUUCACCUUUGACCAAAUACAGGCGCCUAAAAUACAGCCUUUUGCAAAAUUUAGAACUUUGAAUAAACUUGAGUGGAGUGAUAGAUACUGGGAUGCAGAUGCAUAUAUUUCAUAAUAGUGGGGAUUUUGUCUAACAGGGAGAGUUUCAGGAAAUGGCUGUGAAUUGUCUUUUGCUUGGUGUUCUUGUACUAAUUCCCCAGCUGGAAUUAAUGAUAAGAUAUGGUUCACUUAUUUCAUUAGCCCGAACAAGAGUCAGCAGCUGACAAAAGGGAUGACUUCAUUCUUKUUCCACUCCUAGCUGCAUGUUCUGUACUUUUUGUGUUGCAAACUAGUGCACUGUGAACUGACUGGAGGGACAGUCUUACUGGAAAGUAACUUAAGAAAAUUAUCAGAACUGGCACCCACAAAAAGUCAGACAAAGUGGUGACAUGAAGGCAGGAGAUUCCAUGCACAUACAAAAAUCCCCUAUGUUAAUAAAGGUUAUUUUGUGUUUCUAAAACUUCUCUUCCUGGUUCAAGAGAAAAAAAGGAAAGUGUCUGGAAGCUGAAGACUUAAUGUUCUGCUAGUCAAAGGAAAACCCAUUUGUUUUGUUGUGAACUUUAGGGGAAGCCUACUAAGGUGUAUUUCCAAAUAUAUUGUGCUGCUUAGGCUGAAAAAAUAAAUGAARAACAAUGGUCUAGGCAGUCACCCCUUCCAUAGUACGGGGAAAGGCUGACGAUUAGAAGACUGGUCCUGCUCUUGAAGCAGCAGGUCCUUUUGUAGCUGUUUGUGGCUUUGUCCUUAAAAGGCUCUCAUUAAACAUACGCAGGUACUUAAUGCAGAGCUCAUUAAGCAACUCCUACUCAGCCAGAGGUGAAGAGUAAUGUCUGUCUGUGUUGCUCACAGGCAGCUGAAUACUAU